CCAGACAUUGAUGAAAAUUAGAAAAGCGAAAAUAACUCGAAUGUUAACCGGCUGAUCUUCACUUCAUUGCGCAAAAUGUAAUUGAUCAGAAAGUGAAAGAAACCUUGAUCUAUACUUCUUCAUACAAGUCACGAACCUUUAAUACUUUCCAUGCUUGACUUUAAUUAAGAAACUCAAUUGCAUUUUCUCUGCAAUUUUUGAUGAACAAAAAAAAAAAAAAAAAUAAGCAGAAAAAGGGUACGUUUAAGGACUAUAUAAAGAGAAGAUAUUUUCACAACGGAUAUUCACAUGAAGGAUGGUUUUUAAACUUGCAUUGUUGGGUUUAGUUGCUUUGACGGCUUUCUAUGGAAAUAACGUGGAAGGAGUGAGAAUGUGUGGAAGAAGAUUGGCAGAUCUUCUUAACUUUAUAUGUGAAAAGCAUGGAGGUUUUCAUGCACCACGCAGAGACGUUUCACAUAAAUCAGAUGGAAAAAGAUCCAUCAUAGAAAUCAUCCGACCUCUUUCCCGUCGACAACUUACAGGUCAAGACAGUGUUGCAGUAGUAGAAGCAGAAACAGGUUUUCGAAGUGGUGUUGUUGAUGAAUGCUGCAGAAAACAAUGCACACUUACUACCUUGGUGUCCUACUGCGCAAAUUCAAGACAUGUUGGUAACAUUGAUCUCGAUGAAAUUCUCCCUCCUGGCUCGGAAACUUUAUCAGCUGAAGACUUUGCAGAAUAUCAACUACAACAAGAUUCAUCGAAAGAUGUUUUGAUGCCACGUCCAUUAUCUCCUGUUGGUAGUUUGGUCCAUGCAAGUCGUCCUAAUUUAGGGAGCUUUUCGAGAAAUCGUCCCGUCUUUAUGGUUUUAUCCCAACUGCAGGACGAUGAAGAUCGCCCUCUUGGUGAUUAUAGAUUUUAGGGACUUUUUCUAAUCAUCAAAUAAAUAUCUCUUCAAGCAAUGGGAAAUAUUAUU